AGCAGUUUUCUGGUUCCACGUUUACCCUUGAUGUCAACCUUGCCCGUGAUGGCAAGCCGCCAGAACCAAGUCGGUCUCAGAAUGGCGGCCUUUGGCGCAGCGGCCGUAUUUGCGGCCUCCCUGUUGCCCCGUACAGGAGCCUUUGUGACGUUGCCGCCGGUGUCUCGCUCAGGGCCGCGGCCGUCUCAGAGUGCUCAUACGUCCACAUCAUCUUCCGCUGAUGGCCUGUUUUCAGCCACUGCUGCCACGGCCGCGUGUGCAGCCCUUGUUGCUGCCAGGGUGGGUUUCGCUGCAGCUGUGCCAGUUCGGGGCGCACGCCCCAGGGCACAGAAGGUUCAAUGCGCCGCGGGCGCAUGGAGCGUUGGCUCCGCGGGCGGAAUCACCUCCAGCAGCUCCUCUUUCCUGGGCUCCUCCAUGGCCGGUGCAGUGACUGGGCCUGUGGCCUCCCCGAACAGAUCAGGCUCAGCGCUCUCGUCUAUGUCAAUGAUGUUUGAGCGCUUCAACGAGAAAGCAAUCAAAGCAGUGAUGAUGGCACAGGAGGAGUCGAGGCGGCUGGGGCACAACUAUGUAGGAACCGAGAUGCUUUUGGUGGGAGUGGUGGCAGACACCUCCGGGCCAUCUGGAAAGGUGCUGAAGAAGUACAAUGUCACCUUGGCGGAGACUCGCAAGACCAUGGAAAACAUGGUGGGCCACGGCUCUGGCAUGGUCUCGGUGGAAAUCCCCUUCACACCGGCCGCCAAGCGUGUCCUCAGCGAUGGAGUGGAAGAAGCCAAACGGCUGAAUGCCAACACCAUCGACACGGCUCACAUUUUGCUGGCCCUCCUCAAGGAGGAUAACGGCAAUGCGGUCAAGAUCAUGGAGAAGUUGGGCGUCGACCCCUCAAAGAUGCCCGAUGAAAUCAUGAAGGAGCUUCAGGAGAAAGACGAGCGAAGCCUCGUGGGUGUGGCCGCCCGGGGCGGCGGCGUGGGGAAGACAGCGACCCUGGAGGAGUUCGGAAACGACCUCACCAAGGCCGCGGAGGAGGGCAAGAUGGACCCCUUGGUGGGCCGCGCGGCCGAGCUGGAACGCACCAUCCAGAUCCUGGCGCGGCGGCAGAAGAACAACCCGGUGCUCAUCGGAGAGCCGGGCGUGGGGAAGACCGCCAUUGCUGAGGGCCUUGCCCAGAAGAUCGUGGCGGGAGACGUGCCAGAGCUUCUGCAAGGCAAGCGCAUCGUGCAGCUGGACUUGGCCAUGCUGCUGGCGGGCACCCGUUACCGAGGCGAGUUCGAGGAGCGCCUGAAGAACGUGAUCAAAGAAGUGCUGGACUCUAAGAAGGAGAUCAUUCUCAUGAUCGACGAGAUCCACACCAUCGUGGGCGCGGGCGGCACCGGAGAUGGGGGCGGCGCCAUCGAUGCAGGCAACAUCAUGAAGCCGGCGCUGUCCCGCGGCGAGCUGCAGGUGAUUGGCGCUACCACCAUCGAGGAGUACCGCAAAUACAUUGAAAAGGACAAGGCUCUCGAGCGGCGGUUCCAGCCGGUGACAGUGCCAGAGCCCACCAAUGAGGAGACUCUGACCAUCCUGCAUGGCCUUGCCAAGAAGUACGAGGAGCACCACAAGCUGAAGUACACGGACGAGGCAUUGGCCGCCUGCGUCAAGUUCGCCUCGCAGUACAUCCAGGACCGCUUCUUGCCCGACAAGGCCAUCGAUGUCCUGGACGAGACCGGGGCCCGGGUUCGGCUGCGCGAGAGCUCCAUCCUGCCAGAGGAGGCGAAGGAGGCGCAGCAGAAACUUAAGGAGGCCAUGUCCCAGAAGGAAGAGGCAGUCCGAAAUCAGAACUACGAGCUGGCGGGCGAGCUGAAGAUGGAGGAGGGCAACCUGCGCAACAAGAUCAAGACCAUCAUCAACGAGUCCAAGGCCAGCUUAGCUGACGAUGAUGAUGACAACGAGGAAGAGAGCGAUGACAAGCCCAAGAAGAAAAUCAUGGUGACGGAGGCAGAUGUGGCGGCAGUGGUGUCCAAGUGGACCGGCGUGCCAGUGGAGAAGGUCUCCUCAGACGAGGGUGCCCGACUCGUGAAGCUGGAAGAGGUGCUGCACGGCCGCGUCAUUGGGCAGAACGAGGCCGUGACGGCAGUUGCCAAGGCCGUGCGACGUGCCCGCGCUGGACUGAAGAAUCCGAACCGGCCCAUCGCGUCCUUCAUUUUCUGCGGACCCACAGGCGUGGGGAAGACGGAGCUGUGCAAGGCCCUCGCGGCCGCCUACUUUGGCAAGGAGGAGGCCAUGAUCCGCCUGGACAUGUCGGAGUUCAUGGAGAGGCACACCGUGUCCAAGCUCAUCGGCAGCCCCCCGGGCUACGUGGGCUAUGACGAGGAGAGCCAGCUGACGGACGGCAUUCGCAGGAAGCCCUACAGCUUGGUGCUCUUCGAUGAGGUGGAGAAGGCCCACCCUGACAUCUUCAACCUCAUGUUGCAGAUCCUCGAGGAUGGCCGCCUGACGGACUCCAAGGGCCGCGUGGUAUCCUUCAAGAAUGCCUUGAUCAUCAUGACCUCGAACGUUGGGGCCAAGGCUAUUGAGAAGGGCAUCCAGGGUGGUGGCGGCAUUGGCUUCAGCGGUCUGGAGGACGGCGAAGAUGCAGAGACCUCCAGCUACAAGCGCCUAAAGUCGCUUCUGUUCGAUGAGCUGAAGAACUUCUUCAAGCCCGAGUUCCUGAACCGCCUGGACGAGGUGAUCGUCUUCAGAUCACUGACCAAGCCGGAGGUGAGUCAGAUCGCAGAGCUGGAGUUCAAGAAGACCUUUGGCCGCACCAAGGAGCGAGGCAUCCACCUGAGCAUGACGCCCAAGUUCAAGCAGAAGGUGGUGGAUGAGGGCUUCAACCCCACCUACGGUGCGCGACCGCUCCGUCGUGCCAUCAUGCGCCUGGUGGAGGAUGAGUUGGCAGAGUCCUUCCUCAAGGAGCCCACGAAAGAGGGCGAGCACAUCCUGAUGGACGUCAAUGCCGAUGGCAAUGUGUUGAUUCUCCGAGACCAGCCGGCCCCGGAGGGUGAAGAGGGUAACGAGGAGAUGAAAGUGGUGGAGACUACAGCGGCGUGAUUCCUGCACGUCGGAUUUUGAACGUGGACUGUUAAUGGAACGCGCGUUUUGAACAUUCCGCGCAGCGAC